AUCCCGAGUUUACGUUGCACGUAUCACUCUUUUGCUUCAAUUCUAGAUACUUUUCUUUUCUUUUCUCCUUCUGCUUUCUUUUCUCUACGUGACGGGCUCUUCUCCCCGCCCACUCCGUCAUCUGACCUAUACCGUGUGUCUAUAUCCGCAACAAUCCGAUUGUUUCAAACUCCCUUUACUUCCCUAGUCGCUCGCUUGAUUGAAUACAGCAUACUUCUUUGUCAGCGCGGGCCUUAUAGAUCGAUCCAUAAACGCCACUUAUCGGAGCGUCACCAGACUAAUCGAAUAAAUUGCGAACGGCUUUCUACGCAAUUGGUGACCCCUCACUACAAGUUUCUGGUCUCGUGGUUGGCGGUGACGAGUCGCGGAACGAUAUCUAACAAAAUAUUGCAUCAUGUUGCUCUCUAAAGGUGGCGUCAACUGGAAAUCGGCUCGGUCAAGGUUACCACCAUGGCGGGCAGUUCUUAUCUUGUUGACACGCACACGAUUUCUGGUAUCCAUUGCCGUUACUGGGUUGGUGGUUCUUCUCUGGCGCGGUAUUAGCAGUUCUGCUGCAGACAUGCAAAGGUUUGUUCAUACUUUUUCCGACAAAGCCGAGUAUAACAGCUGAAGCUAAGUCGAAUAGCUUUUACUGCUACGGACCUUCGAAAUCACCAAUGCACAUGACCAUCAACGAGAUGAACGAGUGGAACGCACAUUUACAGACACCUGUCAAUUUCAAUCAUCACGAACCAAUCGACGUGAAUGCGACGUCAAUAUCAUUCGUCGAUCUCAACCCUAUAAAGACCACACCCAAGGCUGCCAGCAACGGAGAACGUGUACUGAUUCUUACGCCGUUGCGUGAUGCCGCCCCUUUUCUCCAAAAAUAUUUCGACCUUCUUGUCCAAUUGACAUACCCGCACGACCUCAUCGAUCUUGCUUUUCUCGUUGGUGACUCGACGGAUGACACUCUGGGCGUGCUGAGCAAGGAACUUGACCGAGUUCAGAAUCAGGCUGAACAGAAGGUUGCAUUCCACAGUGCUACGAUUGUUCAGAAGGACUUUGGCUCGGACAUUGAUAUGGAUAUCAAAGAGAAACAUUCCUUUGAAGCCCAAGGACCCCGUCGAAAGGCGAUUGCGCGGGCUCGAAACUUUCUUCUCUACUCCGCAUUGAAACCCGAGCAUUCUUGGGUCUACUGGAGGGACGUCGAUAUCGUGGAUAGCCCUGACAAGAUUCUGGAGGACUUUAUGGCCCAUGAUAAAGACAUUCUUGUUCCAAAUAUCUGGUUCCAUCGAUACGAUGCAGAUGGUCAUGACAUCGAGGGCAAAUUCGACUAUAACUCGUGGAUUGAAUCAGACAAAGGCCGUCGAUUGGCAGAAUCUCUUCCCAAAGACACAAUCUUGGCCGAAGGUUACAAAGAAUACGACACAGGUCGUACAUAUCUGGUGAAACUUGGUGACUGGCGAAAUAACAAGGACGAGGAGGUUGAACUUGACGGAGUAGGUGGAGUGAACAUCUUGGUUAAAGCUGAUGUCCACCGAGCAGGCAUCAACUUCCCGGCUUAUGCAUUUGAGAACCAAGCCGAAACCGAAGGGUUUGCCAAGAUGGCCAAACGAGCUGGCUAUCAGGUCGUUGGUCUCCCUAACUAUGUCGUCUGGCACAUUGAUACCGAAGAGAAGCCCGGAAACCUCGGCGGACGCAAAGCAUAUUAAUCACCUUACGAACAUGUUUAUUCAUCAUACUUCUUGAAAAGAACGGGGGAGAAAGCCAAUCCCGCCAUGAUUUUACAUUGCCUACCGUUUCAGACCGAUGUCGAAUAACCCCACCCACCAACGUCGAAACGAUACAGGCUUGUUUAUACCUGGCAUUUUUCACACUGUGCGAUAAGCAUACGCGGAGCAAGCCGCGAUAUAAUGAUAUGGUAAUAUAAAGACUUUCAUUUUACUUUUGUGUUUGACUGUAGGAUUCUGAGCUGUUUCUGGGUUGUUUGUACUUUUUGUUUUAUUGGUUGGCGCUCGGGGGAAAUGAUGGCAUUGAAUUACUUGUUUCGAUUGUUCAAUUCUUAUUAUUAUCCAUGGUCCGUCGAUUCUCAUGGAAUCUCUUUAAUUUCCGGUCAUUAAUUUCAUUUCCAUGCUUGAUGUAUGUCAUUGUCUAGGACUCUCUGGCUAUUCCACCUGGACGUUGGUCUCGGCCCUGACUAACCGGUGCCUUGUUUUGUAUACUAUUUUGGAUCAAGGCAUAUACACCUUUCAUUUCUUCAGUCAUGCUAGAUAAAUUGAUUACCAAUCAAUAUUCUUGUCAGGAG